AUGCCGCGUCACAAGAAGAGCUCUUCGGUGAGCAGAUCUCACCGCUCAACAUUAUCUUUAUCCAAAACUGAGAUCACUAUACAUGUCUAUGAUCUACUGCCACCCGGCCGAUUAUCGUCCGUAUUAUGGACAGUAGGCGCCUCACUACUUCAUUCGGGUGUCGUGAUCAACGGGAGGGAAUACGCCUAUGGUGGGCAUGAUAAAAGAGGCCUCACGGGUGUAUACUGGACAAAGCCCCGGACCGAACCGCCCGGAGGCACUUUUCGAUGCGAGAUCCUGCACGGAUUCACUCUUGCGACAGAAGACGAGAUUAAUGCGACUCUACAAUCUGCCUCUGAAGAGUUUCUGGGCACUUCAUACAACCUUCUGACCAAGAACUGCAACCAUUUCACCUCUUAUCUUUGCAAGAGACUCACAGGACAGUCAGGCCCAUCAUGGUUAAACCGUGCCGCCAGUAUCGGAGUUGCGCUCCCUUGUGUCGUCCCUCGAGAUUGGAUUGAACCACCCGAAUACGACACCAGCGAAGGUGCGCUGUUGGAUGAUUACGACAAUUCGAACGACGAUAACUCUCAUACGUUGAAGAAAGCGACGGACCCCCAUCUGCUAAUGGGAGACAACGAUAGCAACGAAGAUGACGAGUGGGACAGCGCAGAAGAAAGACGACGAGGCGGCAGUGGGAAGGGCAAGCAGGCCCUCCGCGAUUCCGCCGGGCGUCGUUUACCACCAGCUGAGAGGGCCAUCCGAUGA